UUUCAUAUACUUCCCCACACACAGAGAGCACAAAGACGACUCUUUUGGUUCUUCUUCUACUCUCUCUAUCUUGUGCCCUACACCAGCUUUCUCCGCCGAUCAUCCGCCGUACUUCGCUGCCGUAAUCUCCGACGAAACGCCUCAUGUUGACUGUAAUUUAAUUUCCGGUUUGGUUUGACUAUCUUUACGCAUUUGCUGGGGCUUUUAUAACACACACACACACACGCACGCGCGGAGAUACAUGAAGAUAAAAUUAGGGGUUUUGAGCUGAAUCGUUAGAUGGGUCAGAAGAAGAAAACCCACGCGUCUCGCACCAAACAAUCUCCGUCGUCUGCGGCGGCGACGGUGACAGUCGCAGAGGUUGAGCCGUCUGAGAUUUCCGCUUGUAGCUUCUAUGAGAGGGGUUUUCCCGGACCAGACGCUAAUGUGGAGCCGUUGGAUUCACCUGUCGUCAAGCUGGAAUGCGAGAAGGCACUCAAGUCGUUCGGGCGUGGGAGCUACAACAAGGCGAUUCGUCUUAUUAAGGAUUCCUGCUCUCGCCAUCAAGACUCUGCCCUAGCCCACCGUGUUCAGGGUACUUUGUGCGUCAAGGUUGCUGCCGUCUACGAAGACCUAGCUACCAAAAACAAGUAUCUUCGGAAUGCUAUUGAAUCUGCUAGGAAGGCUGUGGAGCUCUCUCCCAACUCGAUUGAGUAUGGGCAUUUCUAUGCCAACUUGCUUUAUGAGGCUGCCAACGAUGGGAGAGAGUAUGAUGAGGUCGUGCAAGAGUGCCACCGUGCUCUCUCCAUUGAAUAUCCUAUUGAUCCUGCUAAAGGGAGUCUACAGGAUGAGACUCAGUUGAAGAUAUUGACGCCUGAGGCUCGUAUUGCACAUGUCCAGGAUGAGCUCAGGUCUCUGAUACAGAAGUCUAACAUUGGUUCGUUGUCCACUUGGAUGAGUAACCUGGGCAAAGGUGAAGACAAGUUUCGGUUGAUUCCCAUCAGGAGAAUGGCUGAGGAUCCUAUUGAGAGUAACUUGGUUCAGACCAGGAGGCCUAACGAGAUUAAAAAAGCUACCAAGAGUCGUGAAGAGUUAAGGAAGGAGGUUGAAGUGAGGGUAGCUGCAGCUAGGUUGAUACAGCAGAACUCAGAGUCUUCCCCGUCGGAGAAUGUUGACAACAAGGGAUCAGAUUCAGCAUUAGGCGCGGGGCAGAGAAACGGGGAGAGGAGAAAGCAUGGAAAUGCGAGGAAAAACAGCUCCACAGUGGACAGAAGGGAUCGGGUUAGGUCGUACUGGGAUUCUGUGAGCAAAGAAAUGAAGAAAGAGUUGCUUAGAGUUAAGGUUAGUGAUCUUAAGAGUCACUUUAGUGCUUCAAAGGAUGGGCAAGCAAAUGAGAUUAUAAGUGAGGCACUGUCCUUUCGUGAGGGCAAUAAGACUUGGAGGUUCUGGCUUUGCUGCCAGUGCAGUAAGAUGUUCAUGAGUUCUGAAGCUCAUAUGCAGCAUAUUGUGCAGGUGCACAUGUGUAAUGUCAUGCCUAAUAUGCAAAUGGUUCUGCCUCAGAGUGUCGACCCUGAUAGGAUUGAUGUACUUCUUAGUUCCCCAUGGAAACCAUUGGAUCUCUCUGCUGCGGUGAAAUUGCUUCCCAGUCAGCAGAAAAUCCAAAACUCUGAGUUUAAUAACUUUCACUCUGGCGAUAAUAUGGAAGAUGGUGACGACUGCUUCGAGGAUGCAUGGAAUGAUACUUCACCAGAGAAGGAAAGCCUUGGAGAUGCUUGCAACGGUUGUGAUGAGAAGGAAUCUGAAGAGGUUAAGCUGUCAAUUGCAUUUCCUCCUCCUGAUGGAUGGCCAUUAUCUGAUGAUCCUGAACGUGCAAAGCUCCUUGGGAAAAUACGUGCAGCCUUUGAGCUACUUAUCAGACAAAACUAUUUGGCUUCUAGCCAUCUUGAUAAGGUGAUACAGUUUACGUUGGAUAAACUCCAAAAUAUACCCGCAGUUUCGCAAUUCGUAAAUCGUAGCUUGAAUCAGUCACCCAUAUGCAUCUGCUUUUUGGGAGCUUCUCAACUCAGGAACAUUCUGAAAUUCCUGCAGGACUUGUCUCAGCCUUGUGGAUUGAGUCGAUAUUCUGAACAAAGUAAUCCCAUUAAUUUUGGCGACCUUGGUCGUGAAGUUACAGAGGAGAUUCUUUUUGAUGCUGAAGAUUCAUGUCUUCUUCUGGAUGAAAAAUUGCUUGGCACUGAGAGCAUCCAAGAGAAAUUUAUGGGCUCAGCAUUGCAUAAUGUAGUUAUAGCAAGUUCUGGAGAUAUUGCUAAUGGCAAUAAUGUGUCUUCUAGUAUGGAUGGAUUUCUUUCAUGGAUCUUCACAGGACCCUCUAGCGACGAACAAAUUGUGUCAUGGAUACGCACAAAGGAGGAGAAAACAAACCAAGGGCAGGAGAUCAUGCAGAUCCUUGAAAAAGAUUUCAGUCACUUGCAGAACCUUUGCGAGAGAAAAUGCGAACACUUAAACUACGAGGGCGCACUGCAAACUGUUGAGGACCUUUGUCUUGAAGAAGGCCGGAAGAGGGAGAUUUCAGCAGAGUUUACCCAUGAAAGCUUUGAAACUGUUCUGAGGAAACGAAGAGAAGAGCUAAAUGAGAGUGACCAUGAGUUGGUGUUUAUCAGUAGUAGGUUUGAAUUAGAUGCUAUAACAAACGUUUUGAAAGAUGCAGAAUCUCUUAACCACAAUCAAUUUGGAUAUGAAGAAUCAUAUGGCUGCGUGAGUUCUCAGCUACGUGAUCUAGAAUCUGGUGAAACUGAUGAAUGGGGGAUGAAGGAUUCCUUACAUGAGGCUGAUAGUUUCAUAGAGACUGCGAUCCAGAAACAAAAAGAACAUUUGUCCGCAGAGCUUAGCAGAAUCGACGCGCAAAUGAUGCGAAUUGUCACGGGGAUGCAGCAAUUAGAGCUAAGACUUGGACCAGUUUCCUCCAACGAUUAUCAGAUAGUAUUGUUACCGUUGGUGAAGUCCUACAUGCGGGCACAUUUGGAGGUGUUGGCAGAGAAAGAUGCCACUGAGAAGUCUGAUGCUGCAAGAGAAGCAUUACUUGUUGAGCUUGCUCUUGAUUCUAAGAAGGACGCUCGAGGAAGAAAUGACAAUUCAAAACACACGCUGGAAAAGUCCAAGGACAAGAAAAAGAUUAAAGACACUAGGAAACUGAAAGAUUUGAAGGCUACCAUUGGAAAUGACCAUCGCUCCAAUGUUGAUUCAAUUGAACACAGCCUCCUUCAGGGUGCAUCAUCUGGUGAUCAUUCAGAGGCUGACGUUGUUUCUGAAGCUGUUGAAGCUUUAAAAGAACAGGAAGAGGAAUAUAGACGCCAAAUAGAGCUAGAGGAGGAGGAGCGAAAACUUGAAAAAUCUUUGGAGUAUCAGAGAAGAAUUGAGGAUGAAGCCAAGGAGAAGCACAUGGCAGAACAACAAAAGAAUUAUAGCUCUUCAGUUCCCAUGAAUGUUGCAAAGGCAGUGUAUAAUGUUUGCACAGCCACAGAUUAUCUAGUUGAUGAUUUAGAUUUACAAGAAGAUGCAAAAUCCAUAAAUCAGGAGAAAAGGAAUGGACGAGUUGAUGACUUGGAAGGAGCCAGAGUGAAUACAAAUGGUGUUUUCCCGUCAACAAAUCCUUGUGUGAAAUCUGAUACUGCAAAGACAUAUGAAACUGCUUUCAUCUGUUGGAACUAA